AUUCUCUAAAAGGUUGUUUAAAAUUCCCGCAUAUUUUAACCAACAAAACCUCCUCCAGCCCACACCCCUGCAGCUAAGUGUACCUAAUCUCCCCCCUCCUCUCUCUCUCUCUCUCUUCCACCUUCAAGCUCAUCGCCAAUCGCCAAUCGCCGGCGUUGAUCAUACUCGUCGGAGAACCAUCGGCACCGUCCAAUGCUGCCUUACCAGACUCUCGAGGAGGCCGCUUCGGCUCUGGGCCGAAACCUCACCUUUGCCGAGACUCUGUGGUUCAACUACUCGGCUUCCAAGUCCGAUUACGUGCUCUACCUCCACAACAUUCUCUUCCUCUUCGUCAUCUUCUCCGUCGUUCCUCUCCCUCUCGUUUUCGCCGAGGUUCUCAGAUGGGCCGGCCUCGACCGCUACAAGAUCCAGCCCAAAGUCCGAUUGCCCUUCUCUGACAUGCUCAAGUGCUACAAGGAUGUCAUGCGCAUGUUCAUUCUCGUUGUUGGCCCUCUUCAGCUCGUCUCUUACCCUUCUGUCCAGAUAAUAGGGAUUCGAACGGGAUUGCCAUUGCCUUCUGGAUGGGAGAUGCUUUGCCAAUUGUUAGUUUAUUUCUUGGUAGAAGAUUAUACCAACUACUGGAUUCACAGAUUUUUGCAUAACAAAUGGGGGUAUGAGAAAAUCCACCGAGUUCACCAUGAGUACACUGCUCCAAUUGGGUUUGCAGCGCCAUAUGCUCAUUGGGCUGAGAUUUUGAUCCUUGGUAUCCCAUCUUUUCUCGGUCCAGCAAUGGUUCCUGGGCACAUGGUCACAUUCUGGUCGUGGAUAGCACUGCGGCAGGUUGAGGCCAUUGAAACACACAGCGGUUAUGACUUCCCCUGGACUCCCACAAAAUAUAUCCCAUUUUAUGGCGGUGCUGAGUACCAUGAUUACCAUCACUAUGUUGGAGGACAAAGCCAGAGCAAUUUUGCUUCAGUGUUCACCUACUGUGAUUUCAUUUAUGGAACUGACAAGGGAUUUCGGUAUCAGAAGAAGAUCCUUAAGAAGUUGAAAGAGGAAAGUAAUGCUGUCCAAAACGGAGGCUCAUAUAAUAAUUCUACUGUAGAUCUUAAAUCUGAUUAGCACGGAGACUGCGUAACCUUGCCUGCAGAAAUGCCCUUUCAGUAUUGUUCUCGCUAGUGACAACUCUACAAAACCUCUGAUUUUCAAGUUGACAUCACUAUGCUAGGGUGGAAAGUAGAAGCUUUUAGUGGCUCAGGAG